CUUGGGCCUGGGCAGAGCAUGGCCAGCCUGCAAGCCCUAUACCUGGCAGCCCUGCUCCUGCUUUUGGUGGCAUUUCAAGCAAGUGAUACAGCCCCCUAUGGUACCAACGUGGAGGACAGCAUCUGCUGCCGGGACUACAUCCACCGCAGCCUGCCCCUGUCUGUGAUAAGGCGUGUCUACUGGACCUCGGACUCCUGCCACAGGCCUGGUGUCGUCUUGGAAACCCUCAGGGGCCUGGAGAUCUGUGCCAAUCCCAGAAUGCCUUGGGUGAAGAAGAUACUCCGGAGGUUGGGCUAAGGACCAGGGGCUCUGAUGACCUUAACCUCGGCUGUUCCGGGAAGGCUCACCAUGCCCUGCCUCUCUGCCAUCCCAGCAUCUACCAAGCUUCUCUGCAUUCCAUCCCUGCAUGUGGUACCUCCAGCCAGGCCUCCCACCCAC